GGCCGUCGGGAGAUGCAAAAUUUCUGUAACCUCUUCAUCGGCAAUUGCAGAUCAACGGAGUUCUAGAGAGAGAAACAGAAUUCUACAGAAAGAAAGAUGGUGGAAGAAGUUGUGAGAUCAGAGGAGCAGAAGGCAGUCGAUCUCAACAAACAUAGGCCUGUUCGAUCGGACGGAGACGAAGACGAACAGUUGGAAGAGGGAGAGAUUGUCGGUGGCGAUGUUGAUACCCUUUCGUCGUCGUCUUCAUCCAGACCUGGUACUGCCUUGACGCAGCACCCGCUCGAGCAUUCAUGGACGUUCUGGUUCGAUUCGCCAGCUGCUAAAGCCAAGCAAGUUUCUUGGGGUGGUUCCAUGCGCCCUAUCUACACAUUCUCUACUGUUGAAGAGUUCUGGAGCCUUUACAACAAUAUACACCGACCAAGCAAGUUGAUGACUGGAGCUGACUACUAUUGUUUCAAAAACAAAAUUGAGCCCAUGUGGGAGGACCCUGUUUGUGCUAAUGGCGGAAAGUGGACUAUGAACUUUCAAAGGUUUAAGUCCGACACCUGUUGGCUGUAUACGUUGCUAGCAAUCAUUGGAGAACAGUUUGAUCAUGGAGAUGAUAUAUGUGGAGCGGUUGUUAAUGUCAGAGCCAAGCAGGAAAAAGUAUCUCUCUGGACCAGGAAUGCUGCCAAUGAGAGUGCUCAGCUAAGCAUCGGGAAACAGUGGAAGGAGAUUAUUGAUCACAAUGAAAACAUUGGCUUCAUAUUUCAUGAAGACGCGAUGAAACACGAGAGAAAUGCCAAAAACAGAUACUCACUAUGAGGUGUGCCCAUGCUUUUGUAGUGCCUAAAAUGCAAUUUAGGCUCUUGGUGGUAUCUUGGACUUUAGUACAUCCAGUUUCUUUUUACUGCAUGCAUAACCUCUGUUCUUAUGGAGGUUUUUCCUAUAUGGACGAGUUGUACUUGACUAUUUUGGUUUGCAAUCCAUGCUACAUGUUGUCCCA